UUAAAAGGGAGACGUUGAGCGCGUGAGGCACAACAACAACAACAAGCAGACGAGAAACGUCAACGGUCGCAGAAAUGGCAUCCAGCGAGUUUCAGCAGAGGAAUGAGAAAAUCAAAUUAAGGAAACCAGCGGUGGAGAAAAUGCGCAGGGACCGCAUCAACAACAGCAUCGAGCAGCUCAAGACGCUUCUGAAAGACGAGCUGAAGGCCAGGCAGCCAAGCUCCAAGCUCGAAAAGGCUGAUGUCCUGGAGAUGGCCGUGACCUACCUGAGAAGCAAGACCGCUGAACAGAGCUACGCCGACGGGUUCGCCCGGUGUUUGGAGGAGACUGCCCGUUUCCUCUCGGCUCAAAACCAGCUCACAACAGACAAACCGGCUGUAAAGAAGCAUUUUGAUCGAGCACAGAAGCCCAAAGCAAGAGUGAAGAGUGUCUCUGGCGGUCAGAAGUCCAUCUCCAGUGUACCCAAAUGCACAGGGACCACCAGCACACCGCUUUGGAGACCCUGGUGAUGCUCCUCACCUUUUGGA